GACCUUUCAUAAAAGAAGUUGGGCCUACAUUGGGCGGAAUAGAGAGCCAAACCCAAGCCUAUGUAGUAACAUAAGAAUACGGCCUUGUGAAACGACGGGAUUGAUUUCGUCGCCACAAGCGCAUCUAUGAAGUGCUCCAAGAACGAACAACAGAGCCAAAAUCUCUACAUCGAUAACAAUCUCUUCUUUGAAUGUGCAGAUUUGGUACUUCCAUGGCUGUCCCCGCCUGAAAUCGCCAACAUCUCCUUCACCUGCAAGACCCUUUACAGGAUCUCCAAGACCCUCACUCACCGUCGAUCACUCGACGCCUCUAGAUCCUUAGAAAAGCUAUGCAUUCCCUUCUACAACGCAAUCGAUGCACACCCGUAUGCCUAUUUCCGCUACACUCCUUCUCAAAUCCUCAAUUCUUCUUCGACAUCCCCACAACGCCAAUCAUGGGGUUCCAUCUUUGACUCUGCUGGUCGACCCAGUGAGCAAUUGGGGGGUCAUCUUAGUGUGAGUUUGAUGGAUGAGUCAGGUGAGAGUGUUCACGGGUGCGAUUGCAGUAGUUGCGAGGAAGUGGAUGAUGAUGGGUUUGGAUGUCCUUGCGUAAUUUACUGUGAAGGGUUGGGGAUAGUGAGUGAGUGCGGACCGAUUUGUGGGUGUGGAGUGGAAUGUGGGAAUCGAUUGACUCAAAGAGGGGUCUCUGUGAAGUUGAAGAUUGUGAGGGAUAGGAGGAAAGGCUGGAGCUUGUUUGCUGAUCAAUUGAUUCAACAAGGGCAGUUCGUUUGUGAGUAUGCAGGUGAGCUUUUGACAACCAAGGAAGCACGGAGGCGGCAACAGAUCUACGAUGAACUGGCAUCAGGUGGCAGGUUUUCUUCAGCACUUCUAGUAGUGAGGGAGCAUCUUCCAUCCCAGAAGGCUUGUUUGAGGAUGAACAUCGACGCAACAACAAUUGGAAACGUUGCACGGUUCAUCAACCAUUCUUGUGACGGUGGCAAUCUGUCAACUGUGCUAGUGAGAAGCUCAGGAGCUUUGCUGCCUAGGCUUUGUUUCUUUGCUGCAAAAGACAUAAAAGAGGGAGAAGAACUCACUUUCAGCUAUGGUGAAAUUAGGCUUUCAUCAAAAGGCUUGCAGUGCUUUUGUGGUACUCAAUGUUGUUUUGGAACUUUGCCUUCGGAGACAACAUAAAUUCUUGUCUAAGAAUCAUGUCAAAUGCUCCCCAAGCAUAUGAGACUUCCAAUUGUAUUUGUUCAUAGAUUUCUAUGAAUGUAAUUUCUAUUUCAUAUGACAGUA